AUGGUACUUUCUGGACUAGUACAUUUCUUGAGGCGACGAGUUCGGCCACCUGGACCUGAGUCUGAGCACUGCUUGCUAGGUAGUGAGCCGACAUGUUGCUCCACUGCCAGGUUAUCCUCGCCACAACGACAACACAUCGAUGCUUUGCUGAAGCGUUUGAAGACAAAACUUGCUUGUGAACCUGAAGAUCGGGCCAAUGGAGUAGAUGAUGAAUGCUGUGUAUGUGUGCAGCGGCGUGCAUCAGUUCGAGCCUUUCCUUGCAGCCAUAAAGUAUUCUGCAGGAACUGUGCGGUCCAGUUAAUUGAGCAUGCAAUCAACGAGAACAGAAUGCGGAUGAGCUGCAUAAUAUGUCGUCGUGAUAUCGCAAGGUUGCAGUAUAGUCGGCCAUCACGUUCUGCACAAAUUCGUAAGCAGCAGGCGUUUCUUGAAGAUAAUGACAGCAGGAACAGUAAUACUUCCACUACUACUGCUUUUACUACUGUCCGUGUUCUGAAUAAUGCAAUUUGGUGUAGCCCGGAUGUUUUCUCCAAAUAUUCAUGUCAGAAUUUCCCUAUGCCUGUUACUCUUUCGUCUUCUCAAUAA